AUGGUUCAAGUGGAUCAAAACAGCACACAGGUGCAAGUGUCUGAGUUUUUUAUUGUGGGCUUUCCAAGUCUGCAGCAGGAGUAUUUUCAUCCAGUGGCAUGGUUCUUCUUCAUCCUUUAUGUGAUCACAGUGGUGGGCAACAUGGUCCUGGUUGUAGUGUUUGCUCUGGAGCCCAACCUUCAGAAGCCAAUGUAUAUCAACAUGGUGAGCCUGGCUCUCUCAGACAUUGGUAAAUGUUUUACCACAGUUGCUUUACCAAAACUAAUUGCUCGUUACUGGUGGAAUGAUGGGAGUAUUGGUUUUUACACGUGUCACUUUCAAAGACACAUGAUCCAUUAUUUUGGAAGUUUAAACUCUCUGAUCUUGUUAACCAUGGCUGUGGACCGAUACCUGGCCAUCUGCUUUCCUUUCAGAUACCCCAUGCUGAUGACAAUCCCAGCCAUGACGGUCCUGACGGUGUUGUGCUGGGUCACAGCUCACAUCUUUCCUGGCAUCGGCUCCAGCUACAUGACAAAGAUGUCAUUUUGUGGUCCCACUCAAAUCCUGCAGGCCUUCUGUGACUAUGCGUCUUUACUUGCUGUAGCAUGUGGCAACACAAGCUAUGUGUACAGAUCCACAUAUAUCGUAGCAAUGUUUAUUCUUUAUGUUCCUUUAGGCUUUAUCGUCUUCUCCUAUGUUUGCAUUGUUGUUACAGUCUUACAGAUGGUCARUGGACAGGGCAGAAAGAAGACUUUUUCUACCUGCACCACUCAGGGAUUUAUCAUUUCUGUCUACUACUUACCUCGUUUCUUUGUCUACACUGCACCGUACAUUCCUAAUUUUAACCUGACGCCUGAGAAAAGUAUGGCCACAGCUUUUUUCUACAGCUUUUUCCCUCCRCUGGUAAACCCGUUUGUCUACUGUUUCAGAACSAAAGAGAUCCAGGAAAUAUUCAGGCACUGGAUCCAGAAGUAUAAGGCUUUUAAGACUAACCCUGGACUAAAUGUAGCUGUCCCUGCACAUUAACAAGAUUUUUAUGUUGUUUUUCUUUUAUGAUCUUCACUUACAGCCUAAUGAAGGUAUUAUUUUUUCUUUUUUUAUAUAACUUAAUUAUUUAUCUAUGUUAAUUUUAUUGGAAAAAUUGUUCAAUUUACAGUCAAUAAAUAAAAUGAA